CAAAAUGUUGAAAAUGUCGCUUCUGUGCAUGUUUGUUGAACAAGUGUUUUAAUAACAGAGCGCUUGCGUUUAAUAUUCUGUACAAACAACGGACGGACAUGGAUUUUGGUUCCCAUUAAAGCAUAUUGGGUUAUGAGGUGUCAUUGUGUUUUGUUUGUCUAGAUGUGUGUGUGAGACACACGUGUCCAUGUUCCACAUGCCAGUUAAACAUUGUCCUUCAUACUCGUGCGUGAUUCCAGAUUCCAAGGAGGACCAGCUUUUCUUCCUCAUCUCGUCUCAUACUGUGUUGUCAUGUGUUGUUUCUCCCUCUGUCUGUCACCUUCAUCCAGCCCCGUUCUCUCCUCGGUGUAGCCCUGCUGAGGGGGCUGCUUGUUUCUAGUGGUGGGUGGAGUACCUCUGUCCAGCAGCCAUGUCGGGCUUCAAUCUGCUGCAUCUAAUAACCAAGAGUCAGCCUGUGACUCUGAAGUCCUGCAGUCUUCCCUCAGGAGCAUGUAGGACUAAGAAGACAUGGCCUGUGAGAUUCUCUCAGGAGGAGCUGAGGAAGCGCCUCACGCCCAUGCAGUUCCAUGUUACUCAGGAAAGAGGAACUGAAAGUGCCUUCACUGGAGAGUUCGCUCUUCAUAAAGAUGAUGGCACUUACACAUGUGUCGUCUGCGGGGCACAGCUGUUCAGCUCAAACACUAAAUUUGACUCUGGUUCAGGUUGGCCGUCCUUCUUUGACCUGAUGAAGGAGGAGUCUGUAAGUGUGUCAGAUGACUUCUCCUAUGGCAUGCACAGAGUGGAGAUCACCUGCAGUCAGUGUGGAGCUCAUCUGGGCCACUUGUUCGAUGACGGACCGAAACCGUCGGGGAAACGCUACUGCAUCAACUCAGCCUCACUGGCUUUCCAGGCCAAAGACACCACCACCACCACCUCCUCCUCCAGCUCUGCGGCUGAAGAUGGAGCAGCCGGCAGCUCAGCAAGUGAUGUGAAGACAGAGCUCUGAAUGACACACAACACCCAAAAGUUCCCAUAACACACACACACACACAUAGACACAUAACAGUUAUAGGAGUUCACAAGGUCACGAUAGAAGGAGGUGAUUGUAGCUGCAGGAGAAAUGAAGAGACUCAAACACAGACCAAAUACACAGGACGUAGUAUAAUCUGUCACAAGGGGGAAAUGCAUGUUUCCCAUAAAAAGCCUAUUUGUAGUCAAAGCUGCGGGUCAAACUGAUGAAUUGCCUUAAAAUGAACCUUCGGUGUUUGUCAACGUGGCUCAGAUAUUUCUGUCAUGAACACAGGUGAAGUUUGAGCUUCAUAUGCUUUUCAGCACAUUUAUCAUGUUGUGGCUGCAAAAUGCUUCCUGUUAAUGAUUGAAUUUUAUUUAAGGCAGUUGUAUGAGGUAUUGACACAUUAUCAACACCAACGCUGUUGAUACUGGUGUCGCUUUUCCUGUGAACCAGCCCUGGACCCAGACACUCCCUAACGUCAAAUUUGUUAUUCUGUGACUUUUGCGUUUGAAAUGCUUUUUCUGGUUUACCUACGUGACUCAACUUACCAGACGUGGCAGCAGUAGACCAGCAGCUUUUGUGUCCCUGCGAGCGGCAAUCGCUGAUUUUCUCGAUGAUUAUCUAAUUUGUCUAAUUGUCUAAUUAUCUAAUUCAAAUGAUCUAAUUUGGUGCAGGAGAGUGAGUGAUUUCAACUUGCUGGCUGAACUCUGAAGAUAUUAUAACAAGCAGGUGUAGAUAUUAUUGACAGUGCGUGUCCGGGUCCAAGUUUGCUUGAUGUGGAAAAUCAGCUUUGCUAGUUUAUCAGUACUUAAUACAACCACACUUAAAAAACAACAACAACCCUUAACUGCCCUUUAAAAUGAAUCAACUUUGGACAAAAAAAAACAUCCACAUUGACUCCAUUGAAGUUGUGUUUGAUACUGAGAGCUUUAUUUAUUAUCACCUAUGCAAGUGCUGCUGUCAGCAGUGUCACAGGAAGUAACAGAAGAUGACUCUUAUUGUGGAAAAGAAUUAGGUCACUUCCUGUAUCUUUUUCCUCCCUUAGUAUUUUGCUUUAGGGAAUACUGUAUUUAGUUGUUCACAGCUUGUAUAAAACAGGUGUUGGAUGAAUAAAAUAUUAAGAAACACAA